CUGUCAGUCGCGUGAUAAGACGUGUGACCGGACGCUCGGUUAUAUUGUAAUUUUUUAUUCAAAUACCGGUUCUUUACCAACAAAAUUGAUGUAUAAACAUGUCAUAUACUUUAAACCACGUAUCUAAGCAGUGUUGUGCAAAUUUUGUGGGUGAUUAAGGUAGUUUUGUGAGGUAGAACAAGUGACUAUGUUUUGGUGAAUCGCGGGAAUCGUGUUUUGUCUGAGGAAUCCAAGUUUUCGUGAUUAAUUAAAAUGGGGGAUUCUAUGGACAGUGAUUGGAAGAAGAGUAUGGGGUUCCCGAUAAACUACAACUCGGACAGCUCCGAUGAUGAUUUUGACGCCAAAGAUGUGGUGUUCCGGAAUCCCCGCCACUCUUCCAAGUACCUUCUGGCUGAUAGCGGCGAUGGGGCCGAGGCUGAUCUCCUCGGGACCACUCCUCCUCGCUCCAGGAUCAGGGAUAAGGAGAGAGGAAGACGGAACCACCUGGAUGCUCCCGGCUUCCAGCGUCUGCUGCGAGAGAGGAAAGACGUCGUGGACCAUCAAGUGCACGAUCCCUCCUCUCCCAUGCUGGACCGUCUGAAGAAGCGGUGCAGCCUCAAGCUGAUCCGCUCCCGCGCCAGAGACAGCAAGCAGGACCUCACGCACGAUGUGCGCGUUGACUCCCUGCCGUCUCCAAACCCGAUGCCGGCUGUACCCACAUUACUCCACUCUCAGGUGGAGUCAUGCAGCCGGUUCAUGUCCCUCACCUCGCGGCCGAAGCACCGCGAAGCCAUCGGCCAUGACACCCUGCUACCGGACUGCGAGGAGAGGUGGCGCUGUGACGGCGAUGAGGAACUGCCUCCCAGCCGCGUCAGCUUCCACAAGACCUUCAGUCUGCUCAUCAAUAUGGGGAAUAUUGAGAAGGGUUGUAAGAGAGCCAUAAGCCGCGAGGAGCAAGUCUGGCAGAACGAGCUCAAAGACCUGAUCUGGUUGGAGCUACAAGCCAAGCUCGCGGGGAGAACUCUUGCGCAGCAGGACGCGUAUCUGUGUGCCCAGAGGAACAUCGUGCCUAAGAUUAUUAAUAAUAUUUUUGAGUAUAAGUUUGUAAAUAAGAACCCGUGCAGAGCGAAUAGCAAGCGCACGUUGAACUUCGUCACAUCACAGGAAGAUCUUACAGUUCAUGAGGAAAUUAAUGAAGAUGGAGGAGAUUUGGAGCAGAUGUUCGGCUGCCUAUCAUUCGAGUGCGCGUACUGCGCGGCGGCGGUGGGCCGCGCCAUGCGCGAGGUGGCGGCGCUGGUGGACUCCUUCUUCAACGCCGUGGCUCUGUACCCCUCCUCCAGGAACAUGACGGUGGAACACCCGCAGAUAGCCACGCAGAUGUUUAAGAAUAGGAUUAAAGCGAUGUGCCUCUGGUACAACAUGGCACUGCACAUGCGGCUGAAGCUGGUGGCCAUGCGAAGGAUGCUGCGCUCCAUCCGCCUCAAGAGCCAGCGCCGCGGGGCACAGCAUGCCACCUCCGUGGACUCCAGCAUCAGCAGACAAUCCUCAGAAACCCGUCCGUGCCAGGUGCGGUUCAACGUCAGCAACCCUUCAGACUCCAGCAGCAGCGACUGCAGCGGACAGUCAGGAGGCUCCGUCAAGGAGGAGCCUGGUGAAUGUGACGAGAAGGAUGGAGAGGACGGACAUAAGCAGGAGGGAGAGGAGGGGCAGGACGAGAAGGGGACUGAUGAUGUUGAUAGUGGAGUUGAUUCUAAGAGCAUAGCUUCAACCAACGGUCUCCCGACCCCCGACAUAUCCUCCGCCUACAAGUUCGGCGACCCCUACACGUCCAACGAGAGCGGCUACAUGUCCAGCGAGGGACCGCCGGCGGCUAACGACGCCUUCGACAUCGGACCUCUUACUGAACUGACCCAUAUGAGGCUGUUGGACAAGUGUAAAGUUUCUUUGUAUAGGGACUACCACCAAGAGAUCCUGAAGACGCAAGGUGUGAGGCGCUGCAUGAUGUUCAUAUACAAGAUGAGGAUGAACCUGCUCGAUAAGGUCUAUCUCACGCUGGAGAAACCUGAAACCGUGACUUCAGAGAAUCUUAUCGAAGAGGAUGGUGAAGAAGUGUUCGAGGAUGCCGCGAAUGAACGACCUGACUCCGAGAGACAGGAUGAGGAUGAAGUUAAGACUUAUGAGCUUAGCAGAUACGGUUGCUGGUCCGAAGAGUGUCGCUCCAUGCGCCUACCCUCGUACCGGUCCCACUUCCUGCUGCUGUCCAGCCUGUGCAUGGAGGCGGUGCACGACUACCUGUCCUUCCGGCUCGAGGCCAGGCCUGAGCAUCCCUCGUGUCUUACUGUUAAACAGCUGAUCCACGAGCUGCGCGAGGGCCUGGACAUCGCGUCGGAGAUGCGCGCGGACUUCGCGCUGCACGUGCGCGCGGCGCUGGGCGGCCGCCCGCCCGGGCCCGCCGCCAGGGACCUGCUGCUGCUCACCGGCACGUUCGAUGAAACCGUCGAGACGCUGCUUAAGCAAUACCUCUCGUACCUAACAACGAUGUCGGUGACGGAGCACAUGCCGCGGUCCCGCCUGCAGGCGGAGUGGGCCUUCACCGCGCAGCUGGCGAAGCGCAUCAAGUGUGCCGCUGUACUCGCGCCGCUUACUUUCUCUGAUAUAACGUGUAAUCAACUGAACCGACUGCUGCGAGAGUUCGACGACACCAUCGGCAAGAUGAUGAGACACCCGGAGAAAGAUAUGGCCGAACCUGACAAAUACACGAUCUACAAAGUAUGUCGGCUGGCGCAGAGCGUGUACGCGAGGUCCCGCGACGCCACGCUGCAGGCGGCGCAGUGGGCGCGGGCGCUGGCCGCCAGGCUGGCGCGGGCCCCGCCGCCCUCCUAUACUAAGCAGAGAGCUGAUAUAUUCAAUUCAAUAAUGGCGAUCCGGGACCUCAUAACACAGCACAUCGAGUUCAUCCUGGCGAAGUCGCGGCUGUCGGCCAGCGACGCAGAGCUGCACCGCGAGCUGUCUGAGACCGUCGCCACCCGGGUGCGGGAGCUGCUGCUGCAGAUGUUCAAGCUCGGCUUCGAGCUGAACAGAGAGCUGUACAAGUUCGUGCACGCGCACCGCGCGGGCGAGGAGCGCGGCCUGCGGCGCCGCCCCGCCUCGCUGCAGCCCGCCCGGCCGCGCCGCGUCGAGCGAACGCGCCGGCCUGAGACCAUGCUCGUGCAUGAGUCCAUUAACCCACUGAUCCACAAGGAGCUGCACCGGCUAGUAUCAGACACGUCCCGCCCCGCCCCACCCCUCGCCCCGCCUGCCCGCCCCGCCACCCCGCCCGGGCGACGGACGCGGCUGCUGCGGUCCGACAGUAUAGUGGAUGAGUAUGAGAACAGCGUGUUCGAUGAAAGAUUGUUCGAUAAUAUACAUCAUUUUGGAGAGACUCAGGUCCAAAACAGCAUCGAGCUCCUUCUCUCAGGCUCUGCCGAUACCCCAGGGGAGGAUGAGGUGGAACUCCGGCGAUCCUCUCCCACCUUCCCCCCAGGAGUUGAGAGGCGGGUGGCCAGCUGUGAGGAGCAGCGGUGGGCGGCGCGGGUGGCGAGGGGAGUCAUACAGUUCGCCACCUGCUGGAUGCUGUUCGUGGUGGAGAGGUGUGAUAGGGGAAGAGGAUUGAGGCCUAGAUGGGCGAGUCAAGGUUUAGAAUUCCUAAUGCUGGCUUGCGAUCCACGUAAUACUAAGCAUCUCAGCGAAGAAGAAUUUGAGGAGUUGAAGACGUUAAUGGACGGCUGCAUCUCGCACGUGAUCGGGUCGCGGCCGUCGCCGCUGUCGCAGCACCCGCGGCCCGCCGCGCUGCCGCAGCCGCACUCGCCGCGCCCCAGGCCCCGCCUGCAGAGUCCUCUCCCAAGUAACUGCUCGAGUCGGGAGGCGCCGACGCCGCCGACGCCGCCGCCCGUGGAGGCUGAUCCUCUCAACUAUCCUGAGGCAGAAUCCAACGCCCACAGACGUCGAGUCCUCUCAGCAAUCGAGCAAGUGGACAGUGCCCGCGACGCUCGGCUGCGGGACAGCAAGAGUGUCGGCCACGUGCUGGCGGCGCCGCUGCCCAGCUACGAGCCCAAGCUGCGCCAGCUCACCUUCAAGUGGCAGCGGGGGCUGAAAAUAGGCGCUGGCACUUUUGGCAAGGUGUACACAGUAGUGAACACUGAAAGUGGUCAGCUUCUCGCCAUGAAGGAGCUGUCAGUGGGUGUCGGCGACAGGAGAGCCCUGCAGCGAGCUGCCAACGAGCUGCGCGUGCUGGAGGGCAUCCUGCACCCGCACCUCGUGCGGUACUACGGCUGCGAACUGCACAGGGAGGAGAUGCUGCUGUUCAUGGAGCUGUGCGUGGAGGGCUCGCUGGAGGCGCUGGUGGCGACGUCGGGGGCGCUGGCCGAGCCCACCGUGCGGCGCUACUGCGGCCAGCUGCUCAGCGCCGUGCGCGAGCUGCACGCCCGCGCCAUCGCGCACAGGGAUAUCAAGAGCGGCAACAUAUUCCUAACAAAUGAAGGUCACUGCCUGAAGCUGGGCGACUUCGGCUGCGCCGUCAAGAUCCGCGCCAACACCACCGCGCCCGGGGAACUGCAGGGCUUCGUCGGGACACAAGCAUACAUGGCUCCGGAGGUAUUCAUGAAGUCGUCAGGUCACGGCCGCGCGGCUGACAUCUGGUCACUAGGCUGUGUCGUCACCGAAAUGGCUUCCGGGAAGCGUCCAUUCUCGCAGUACGAUAGCAACUACCAGAUAAUGUUCCUGGUGGGGUCUGGUGGUAGACCCGAGAUCCCCUCCACCCUCUCCGAGGAAGGCCAGGAGUUCUGCAUGUCCUGCCUCACGCAUGACCCCGACCUCCGGCCCAGGGCUGAGACUUUAACUUUACAUCAUUUCCUUAUGGUCCGCUACUGGCCUGAUGCUAGAGAUACGAUCAAACGAAAGUAAUUUUGUUAAGUCGGACGAGACGGAUUGUAACUGUGAACCAGCGUACCUCAUCACGUAACGCCGCGACGAGUGACGUCGGGCGUCGAGCCGUGUAUACAGAUACUAGUCUACUAGGCAAACGUUGAAUACCUAGGUAUAUGGGCAGAUAGACCCAAGCUUCGGACCUAUACGAGAUUUGAGUAGCCACUUAACUAUAGGCGAACAAUCUUGAUACUUUAACUUUUAGACAAAUACAUGUGAAACAAAUAAACUAGAGCUUAAAGUAAUGAUUCAAUGUAUUAAAAAAUUCGUGCUAUUUACAUUGAUUUUUAAACAGAGUUUUAAAAUAAAAAGUAUCAAGACUGUUUUUCUUAAGUGCUUACUCAAAUUGAGAGGAUACUUGGCCAGUUAAAAGGUCUUGAAAGAUCAUGAUUUAUUUAUGGAAAUACUAUUUAGAUAAAUAUACUAUUGAAGUUUUAAUGUCUAUCAUGUGUGAGUUCAAGCAUUUAUUAUAUCACAUUUUAAUAGAGGAAUAUCUAAUGAAUUCUUUAAAAGGUAGCUUAAUUGUGAUUACAAUUUUAUUAUUAUGUACAACGGACAAUGUCUUAACGGCCUAUAAAUAUACAUAAUGUGUUUGUAUAUUUGUGCUAUUCUUAUAAAUGAAUUUGUUCAUAGAUUACGGUAGGUGGAAAUGUGAAACUUUUUAGGUAAAAUGUCACUAUUUUAAACUGUUUAAAUAAAAUGUGACUUGUUGUUUAUAGUAACAAGAAAUAUUAUCUUUUAAACUAUUGACUACUUGGAAUGUGAUUCCUACAAUUUUCAAAUAUUAGAAGUAUUUUAUAUGCACCCUGUUAUAGGAAAGAAAAUCAAUGAAUUGUUUUUGUGCCAUUAAAAAUUGAAUUAAACACCCAUGUUUUUGUAUGAAUUAAAAGUUUAUUAUAACCAGUUGACGAGCCUUAAAGUGAUGAAGUUUUUCAAACUAAUUGAGCUACAUAAAUAACUAUGUGUGGAAUAUAAUAGAGCUUUUAUAAUUAAAGAAACUUAUCCUUUCGAAAGGAUCUGAAGAUAAUUUUAGCCCCAAAAUAGAUUUAUAAAAUUGUGAAUACUUUAAAAUUGUUUAUUGUAUGUUAUGUCUGAUUGCUUUAAAUAAAUAGUCGACGCGAACAAAUUAUUUUGUAAAUAAAGAUGGAGUUAAUAUUUUGGUACUUAUGAAAUAUAAUAUAGAGAGCUUUAUUUUAAUAUAGUCUUUAUUGUGUAUGUGAUAAGUGCACUUUUCUAGUGUUAAACUGUUUAUAUUGGUUUCGGAGGUGAUACUUAUUCCGUGGCUUUUUGUGUAAAAAUACGUAUAUUGUAUACAAUUCCUGGAAUUUCAGCUAUUUUAUUGUAAGGAAUAUGACGAGGCAUUAUAUCUUGUAAUGUAAUAUAUAAAAGUUUUAAUCAAUUCUAAGAGAAAUAAUCUCUUUGUAAUGUUUUGAAUAUGUCACAGAACUGAAGAUGUUGACGCGAAUAAAUAAAUCUAUUUGAACAAAGAAAAUUCUUAUUAAUAAAGUGAAAUGUUCUAUAAA